UAUUUGCGACAUGAUAUGAAGGCGAUGAAGAGCUGGAGUACAAGACGCAUUCGCAUUGCCCACAACUUCAAGCAUGGCAAAGACUACACAUGUUACAAAACGCCCAACCAAUAUUCUCCGAUUACGAUCUGUAUUUUCUUAUUUGAUCUUAGCUUUCGCUUAAAUAUCUUAUACUGCAGCGUUCUAAACUCGUCGAGUAUAGGUCCAACUUCAAAGUACGUUCUUCACUAAUCGAUAGCAGGGUGAUCGGGUGGAAUUUCUCAGGCGUCCAUAUUUUCCAAAAGGCUAGCCCGAAAGGGCAGGUGCUACACUAAAUUAGUCGAUAAUUCAUACUAUUACCGCACGCCCUACGCCCUACGCCUUUGAAUAACAUCGUGACAUUUGACAACUUCAUACUUGAGUGAACUCGACCAUUUAAAUAACAAAUAGAUAGAGAGUCCCCUAUCGUACUGCUUCCCGAUUGCAGAACUUUACCAUACCAACAGCCCAUCCCACAACUUCCAACCAAUUCACUUAUCAUCCUCUGAUCAGCCAAUAAUCCAUCUCGCGAGACCGCAAACAUGGCCACUGCUGACUCUCUUCAAAUUCGCGAAGCCACGAAAGCCGACACAUCGCCGAUUCAGCAGCUUAUCGAAACCGCAUUCCAGGCCGACGAUAGCCGACCGGACUGGACAACAGCCGUGGAACUCAAUCGCUCUUUUCGCUUUCCUGAAUCGCAAGUCGAAUCCAUCAUGGCCGAACCGCAAAGCACAAUCCUUAUGGCCACAAAUGACAGCGGCGCCCUCAUAGGCGUUGUUGCGGUCACUAAGCGACCUGAAAAUGUUAGCCGCAUCGCGCACCUCGCUAUCGAUCAACAGUACCAAAGAGGUGGACUAGGGCGGGUCUUGCUCGCACGCGCGGAGCAGUACUGUCGCGAGACAUUGGGCGCGAAAAGAAUCGGCUUGAAUGCAGUUUCUUCGAGAAAACCAUUGAUUGCGUGGUAUGAACGCCAAGGAUACCAAAGGACGGGCGAUCAGUUACCGUUUCCUGUGGAUAUCCUGUUGGAAUUGAACUUGCCGACAGACCUGUACUUUGUGGAAAUGGAGAAAAUAGUCGAGGAUUAG